UCAUGCAAUUAGAAAGCUCGAGGAAGGUGCCAAGCCUUUGUGAUGGAAACUUCCUGUGACUUUGCAUUUUAUCUCAACUAUAAAAUUACUAGUGGGAUAUUUGUCUGUUGACCUGGAAGACUUGUAUCUGUGCAGGCAAAGAAAACUGCUACAGGUUUUUAUGGCAUCAAAUUUGGUUCAAUUUGAAAGAUUAUUUCUCUGAGUUAUUGGAUCUUGUGCUUCCUUUUAUCUUGAUUUAUUAUUCAAACUUCCCAGGCAAGAUGUUUACAUGUUUGAAAGUGAAGAGACAUGAAGAUGAAGGAGAUCAGAAAUGUUUUAUAAAAAAUGGAGGGGUUCUAUUAGAGGAGGUCAUUGCCUUACGUAAUGGCAGAUCUAAUCCUAUCUGUCAUUUCUCUGCAAAAGAGCUUAUGAGAGCAACAAACAACUAUGAUGCACGCCAGAUUUUUGUGCAAGAUCUUGGUUAUACAUUGUACAAAGGCUCUCUAAGGGAUCGUCCAAUUUUAGUGAAGAAGUAUGACUCUAGAUGGAGAUUUCUUGAGACAGCCCCUUACAAAGAUAUUGCCUUCGGAUCACAAAUGAGUGUUCACAAGAAUGUUUUAAAGGUUAUAGGAUGCUGCUUGGAGACUGAAUUACCAAUUACAGUAUAUGAAUUUGCUGGCACAAAAAUCCUCUCCGCAUGUAUCUCUGCUACUAAUGAUGAGCCAUUACCAUGGAAAUGCAGGUUGAAAAUAGCAAUAGGUAUAGCAAGUGCAGUUGCAUAUCUCCACACUGCAUUUUCUAGACCAGUUAUCCAUCGAGAUAUUAAAUGCUCAAAUAUCCUAUUGGAUCAAAACAAUGUUCCCAAACUUAUUGACUUUUGGCUAUGUAUAUCUAUUCCUGAAGGAGAAAGUCAUGUAAUUGCUGAUCUCGCAGCAUGGAGAACAGUCAAUCUCACACCUGAAUAUAGGAAUAGAGGUUAUUUAACAGAGAAGGUUGAUGUUUAUCAGUUUGGAUUGCUUCUUAUUGAGCUUUCAAGGGGACAGGAUUUUGUGCCCUUUUGGAGGGAACAUAAUAUACGUCUACGUAUUGAAAUGUACAUUAAUGCUGUCCGUGAUAGAAUAAGAAAUGAAGGAAUUGAUCAGUUCCAGGAUUUCAAAACACUUAUCCUUAAAUGCACCUCUUUUGAAGAAGAAGAGAGGCCAACAAUGAUUGAGGUUGUCAAAGAACUCAGGCUAAUUGAUCAGUCUUUUACGUCACCUUCAUAGCCUAGCCCCAGUUGGCUAUUUCAUUUCUCAACAGCUGCAAAAAAUCUUGUAAGCUGUAGUUGUAUUUGUAUGCAUGGCUCUCUAAACUCUAAGCUCAUCCAUAUAUGAAAAUUGGCUUGACAGUAAGAUUCUGCUGUUGUAAGAAAGUCAGGGGGUUUCUCUUCUGGGAAAAUGUAAAUUAAGUCCAACAAAUGUAUGUAUGGUUGUGAUUUUAGCAUUUUAUUAUCAAAUUUCAUUAGUUUACUAGCUUUUCUGAUAAGCCAUGAAUUAAUUCAUUGAUAAACAGGGUUACUUGAAGCUCAUUACUCUCCAUAGGUACCCAAAAGUUUGUCCUGUAUCCUCCCACCCUGUACAAAAUCAUCCAUAUGCUAUCAUUUAUGAAAAGGAACCCACCUUGUGCAAUUCUUACUAAUCAUAUGAGAAAAAAUUCAGAUUACAGCAUAAGACCAUUUAUAUUGCACCCUACAAUUAAGUACCUUUAUAUUGAUUUGAUUGGCCACUAAUAAUAGCUGCACUGUGAACACAAUUUAGCAGAAGUUGUCCCCUGCAAAUGUGUAUUCUUCUGUUGAUUUGAUUAAUUGUUAGAGUUUUCUGCAUUU